UCGGGUUGUUCCUCUAUAAAUCUCGAUUCUCUGUAAGCGAAAGUAAAGCUCACAACACGCUCUCGAGGAUGGACAGGACGCAGUUACUGAGUGACCAGGAUGAGGUCCAGGCAGUUGAAUCCUGCCCUGCUGCAUCUUAUACAGAUCAGGACCUGGCUGAUGAUGGAGCAUCGGCCCCUCCAGCGGAUUUGAUGCCUGUUGUUCCUGGAUAUGAGAAUUUGGGACCUAAUGUUAUUCCACCAUCAAAUUUUGGACCAGCAGGACCACCCUAUCCACAAGCUCCAACCAACGAUCCAGCAAGACACUUUGACAUUCCCGCUGUCACUGAAGAACUCGCACAGGAGGCCUUCAUAAAUUAUGUGACCAGCAAAUGCUGUUACAGCUCUAAACCAGCCAAAGAGAUGAUAUUCACAGACCUGCAUUCUCUCAACACAUAUCGGUACCGAUUGGAAACUUUUACAGAGUCGAGAACAACUCAGUGGGCCAGUGAACCAUACAAUGGUCAGGUAGUUGAUGGAUUUAAUGGAGUGGCCCCUCCUCCGUGGAGCAUUCCUGUGCCUGUCGCUGCCCUCUUCCAAGACUGCAAGAAAGCUGUUCGUGUUCCUAACACAUCCACUGUCAAAGGUUGUCAUUCAUGCUUGACUCUCGGAAGAUCAGCGUGCAGAAGUUGUGUAAAUUCAGGCAGGGCUCACUGUGGAGCCUGUAAUGGGACCGGUAGGAUACACAAUGGUAAACGCUGCCGCUCAUGUCAAGGAAGUGGCAUAAUGAGAUGUUCUGCCUGUGGAGGAGUUGGCUCACUUACCUGCACAACCUGCAAAGGGAAAGGAAAGUUACUCUGCUUCAUCAAGCUAAAAAUUGCAUGGAAAAACAAUGUUUAUAUGGUUGUGAUAGACAAGCGUUCAGGAUUCCCUGUUGAACUUCUUAAUGACAUUUCUGGAGAGAUUCUCCGCACUGAUAUGGCUCCAAUGGUUUAUCCAGUUGUGGGUUUUCCAGACAGCUCUGUGAAUUCAGCAUCUGAAAAUGCCGUGAGGGAACAUCAGGCUCAGUUCUCCACCUCCUGCCGUAUCCUGCAACAGAAACAAACCAUUGAGCUCAUUCCUAUCACUCGAGUGCACUACACCUGGAAUGAGAAAACUCACAUUUACUUUGUUUAUGGAGUUCAACACAAGAUCUACACCAAGGAUUAUCCUGCAAAAUGCUGUUGCUGCUCUAUUCUUUAAACAUAAAGUAAACAUCCUGCACUGUAGCUGCUUAUCUUUGAAUUGGGUACAUUAUAGCGGUGGGUAUAAAUCUUCAAACUCUUCCUUUAUUUCAUAUCAACAAAAUUUCAAGACAAGUAAAAAGGGGAACAUGCUCUAUAAUUCACUCCUAUCAAUAUGCAUUUGUUGGCAUCUUUAUACAUUUGAAUUUUUUUGUUGAAUGAAUGUGUCCAGGUCAUUUUACAGCCCUAAAUUAAAGGGAAUACAAUUUGAGAUAUAUAUAUAUAUAUAUAUAUAUAUAUUAGGAUCAUUUGGAUUUUUUUACUAUUGAGUGUAUAUUGUAAUAAAAGUCAUCCUGUCAUGGUAAGGUAUUACACCAAAUACCACUACAAUCACACACAACUUCCAAUAAUUUUUAUAUUAUCUUUGAUGUUUAAGGGUAAGACGCUGCCUGUACUGUAGGUUUUUUCUGUCAGAUGUUUAAAUUUGCUUAAAUUGAACCACUACUGUUCAUGAGGUGGGAACAGAACUUUGAAAAAUAUUCUUUUAUAGUGAUUUCUUGAGGCAAGACGGAGUCAAGUUACAGAAAGAUAUGCACUUUGUUAUUGUUGUUCUAAUUUUAAUGAAAUGUAUCACUUUUUUUAUUCAUUUGUCUAUGCAUAAUUGUAUGUACCAGAAUAAUGUAGUCUACACGUAAAGGCUGACAUUACAAUAAAGUACUUUUA